UUACAUGUUUUUAAGGAGAUCUAUCGAAUAAUUUUAGAUAGAUUUACAAGCCGUUUGCACGAAGGAUAUAAAUCUAAAUGUAAAAGCCUCAAAAAGUAUUUUCAUAAAUUUUCUUAAAGAAAAGUAUAAACAAUUUCCCUUUUUUGGUGCAGUUGUCUAAAUUUCCCUAAAUAAUUUAUUCUUUGGUUACAUGCGGCCGUGAGCCCAUUUUAAAGAAACGAUAUUUGCUCAACGCUUCAAUUCUCCUGUCGAAUCAAGUACUGGACCACUUAAAACCAAAAAGAAAUCUCUAUUAAUCAGUUCUAGUGAAGGGCCUUUUCCGGCACAAUUCUGCUCUCCAGCGGCUUUUCUUGAAAAGUAGCACAGUUGAUGUUCACUUUGGAGGCUGAAUUUUAUCCAGAUAGCAGGCUUUUGCUGUUUGGCUAUAGAUUUUUCUGUCCGUAAGUGGAGAUGAGGAAAGGGCAGGCACCGUAUACUGAUACUAAUGUGAAUCCAUAUAUUGCGGUGCAGAUGCAACAUGUGACUGCACAAAGAGCACAUCAUAAUGUUGACACGAAUAAUUUUCUCGGACAUCCAGAUUCGUAUGGUGUUGAGGCAGAACAUCGGUACAAAUCUUCCAAAGUAGAGGGGCGAUGGCAAUGGAACAGAGAUGUGCAAAAUGUAGUGAGUCAAAUGCCCUCCCAUAUGUUCAAUGAAGAUCAAGAGAACAAUGGAACAAGAUCUUAUUACCAGGGUCAUACACCUGAACCCAAACUAGUAUCAGAACAUCAAGCCAAUAAGCAUCAUGAACAAGAUAUGGACAUUGGCUAUGAGGACAACUCACUACCACUCACUUUUGAAGUCCUUGAACAGAGGUUCCUCGAUGAAGUAACCAAAUUAACAACGGAGCAGAGUGAUGCAGAAGAUGCAGAGAAUGCUAGGCAUAGGGAGAAAAUAAGUGAAAUCAAUACUAGAUACCAGGAGAAACUGUCGGCACUUCGUGCCCAACAAGCCAAUCGAAGAGAAGAAUUUCUUUGCAGGGAAUCAAAUACCCGAUUGAGUCAGUACCAUCAAGCUGGAAUGCACUACACAGGCACAACUUUGCAUGAUAUUCGAGGUUAUAGUGGUGAACCUGCUUCUGGCGCUACUGAAGAAGUUCAUCGAGCUUCAGCAACUAAUCAGUUUGACUCCUAUAGAGACCAACCUCUGUUUUUUGUGGGUGCGAGGAAUCCAGCAAAUGAAGGAAGGAUUCCGUACUCUGAGGGACGUGUUUACAACAAUGCAGGAGCUCGAUAUUACUAGCAAUGUUAGUUGAAACUCAUCACUAGGUAGAUCACCUCUCCAACUGAAUAUUUUACUAGUUCUGAGCCAUUUCUGAUGUUAUUCCUUUACGGUGUGUUGUUUAGCAUUGUGAGAUCCUUGAUCCCUCAAUCCGUAAUGCCCUGCCACUACUGCUUGCUAUAGCUGUAUAUAAUGCCUAUCAAUAUUACUUUAGUUGUCCAAA